AUGGUUUUUGACAACGAGUUAAGGAUUAAUGAAAACGAUGUCAUUGAUAGGCGAUCGCGACUCAUGUUUCCCAUAUUCCUGAUCGGCGCCUGUAUUGUAAUCAGUGUUCAUGAAGUUCAGGUCACUUACAAACAGUACUACCGCUCAGACUAUCGGCUCAUAAGUGCAACCAAUAUAUACUCGACAUCCAUAUCCAUAUCCAUAGCCAUCUACUCGGCCGGACUCGUCAUCAAUAUAUUCUAUCCGUACAAGUAA